CAACAACCUGGAAAAGAUACAGAAGGGUUUGUUUGACGGUUUAACAGCAUUGACGCGCCUAUGGCUGCAAGACAACAGAAUUGAAACGCCGCACAAACAAGUUUUCAAAGAUUUGACUGAACUGAACGACCUGGAUCUGUCUAAUAAUGAAGUCGAGGAUCUCCCUCAAGAAAUCUUCAGCAAUCUGGCAAAUCUCAAAAUACUGCUUUUAUCAAACAACCAACUAAGAGAUUUACCGCCAACGGUAUUUGCUAACCUAACCAAGCUAAAGACAAUAAAAAUUGAAAAGAAUGAGAUAAAGGAGCUGCAUCCUCAACAGUUUCGGGGACUGGUAAAGCUGUUUGACCUCUAUCUAUCGGGGAACAAACUCAGAUACUUCCCACAAGGAAUUUUUAAAGGCUUAAAAGAGCUUUUGAUUAUAGAAAUUGUUGAAAACGAAAUGACUCAUGUCUCCAUCGACAACUUCAAAGAAAUUAAACAGUUAAAAAUUCUGUAUAUGCAGUAUAACAAGAUGAGGGAGAUUCCAUAUGGUUUUUUCGAUAUGUUGAAGGAUAUACAACGAGUGAGUCUCGACACAAAUCUGAUGUGUUGUCAUAUGCACAAGGAGGACGCUGACUGUGCUUUCACGUACAACGACGACUUUGCCAACUGUGAGAGCAUGUUUAAGAAUUCUGCCCCAAGGAAGAGUAUCUGGGUGAUAGGAGUAUUUUCUCUGGUUGGUGCAGUGUUUGUUGUCACUUGGCGAGUGAUCUUUAAAGAAAAGAACGUGGUUCAGUCCAUCAUGUUGCUCCACUUAGCAGUGUCCGAUGGUUUGAUGGGUAUUUACCUGAUCUCUCUUGGCACUAAAGAUCUGUUGUGGAGAGGAGAGUAUUACUUGCAUGACUUCCAGUGGAGGUCUGGUUUGUCUUGUCAAAUAAUUGGAGCGAUCUCCCUUCUGUCAAGUGAGGUUUCGGUUAUGAUGAUGACACUGAUAUCUGCUGAUCGGCUUAAAAAUAUUGUGUUUCCUUACCAAGGUGCUUCUCUGAAACCAAAGGCAACACAUAUCCUGUGCAUCAUCAUAUGGGCAAUUGGCUUCCUUAUGGCCUUUUUGCCUAUGUUUGGUAUUCAGUAUUUUGAAGACCCAUUCAGGUACCAUAGUUACUAUGGUAGAAGUGUGGUAUGUCUGCCCUUGCAGCUUACUUCUGAUAAGCCGGCAGGUUGGGAGUAUUCUGUUGCUAUCUUUCUCGCUUUGAAUUUUGCUUUUUUCUUGUUCAUCAUGGGUGCUUAUCUCAUGAUACUAGUCAAGUCUUACUUGUCUAGCCGGCGACUGGCCCGUCAGGGUACUGAAAGAGAGAUCCAGGCCAGAAGAGCAAACUUUAGGAGGGAAACGGCUCUUGCAAGGCGGGUGUUCUUCAUCAUCCUGAGUGAUUGUGUGUGCUGGAUGCCGGUGAUAGUGAUUGGUAUGAGGACCAUCAUCGAGAAGUCUUACGAAGCGCAAGGAGACCUCGCUGUCUGGAUCGCUGUAUUUGCCCUUCCGAUCAACUCGGCCUUGAAUCCUAUCCUGUACACCUUGUCAACAGAACAGGUCAGAGGCAUUCUGAAGAACAAAAUGGAAAAAGUCUGGAACUACUUGAAGACCGUUUUCACCUGCUGUGGUCGGGAUCAGGAAGGCCAAGGAGAUGGGGAACAACCGAACCAACCGGGAGUAGAAGACAAUGGACAACAUGGCGGCGAGGGAGGCCAAGGAGAGGGAGAGCAAGUUAACCAGCACGGAAUGGAAGAAAAUGUAGAACAUGGGGGCGAGGGAGGACAAAUUGAGGGUGAAGAAAUCGAACUGGCGAGUGUUGGUGUGCAUCAUCCACAACAGGGCCAAGGAGAUGGAGAACAACGGAACCCACAGGGCAUGGAAGACAUUGAACAACAUGGCGGCUUGGGAGGGGAAGUCGAGGGUGUAGUUAUCGAACUGGCUCAUGUUGAUGUGCGUCAUCCACAACAGGGAGUACUUGAUGAAGCCGAAAAAAUCGAACCGGCACCUAUUGAGAAUACUGAUCUAAAUCAAGGAGAACGGAACAAGAGUUUGAAAAAAGGGGACGGUAAAUUCAGGCAUUCCACCGCAAAGAA